AUGGGGGUCCCCCGGAGGGGCCCCUGGGGAAAGGGUUCAGACGGCCUCGGGGGGCCCCUGCAGCAGCAGCUGCUGCUGCUGCGGGAGCCACUGGGUCAGCAGCUGCUGCUGCAGCAAGCAGAGCGCCGUCGCAGCCUAGCAGCAACCAAGGCUGCAGGCAGCAGCAGCAGCAGUAGCAACAGCAGCAGCAGCAGCAGCAGCAAAACUCCGGAGUUCCUGCGGCUGCUGCGGCCACAGCAACUGGAGGCCACGCAGCUGCGGCCUCUGCAGGCCAGCAG